UGAUUGUGAUUGCUUAAUAAGAGCUGAUUCACACAUGUGCGGUGCUCAUUUUUCACAGCUAAUUGACCCAGUAGUUGUUCAGCAGUUCAUAUAUUAUCUGGGAGCAGGGGCGGACUGACAACUCAUGGGGCCCCCAGGCAAUAGGGGAUCAUGGGGCCCCUGUGUCCUUGCCCACACUCAAAGCACACCCAAAAAAGCCUAUAAAAAGGUACCAGGGGUAUUUCAUGGGGCUCCCUACCGUCCCCGGGCCCUCGGGCGGUUCCCGAGUGCUCAAAUG